AUGCUAUUAUUUAUAUUGUUCAUUCCAUCAUAUACUUUGUAUUGCUGUAUGAAUAUAUAUUAAUUGAGGAGAAAACAAUUUAACGAUAUAUGCUUCAACCUAUGAACGAAAGGAAUGGGAUUUGAACAAAUACUUUUUUGGAUAAGAUCUGACCUUUUCAUUAAAUGGUGAUGAGGAAAAUUUUGAACUUUUUCAAAUACUUUAACCUAUGGAUGCUACUCAUAUUGAUUUAAGUAGAUAAACUUAUAUCAAUUAUAGGUGAUGUUACAUUAUUAGACAUUCAUUCAAUGAAGAAGUAAGGAUUUGAUACAAGUUAUAAAGCAAUUUUAAUAAAGAAUGAGUCCAUGUAUUAAAUAAGAUACCCAUCAAUAGAGAUAAUUUAUUUUGAGACAGAUUAACCAUGUUCUUUUAUUAGAGUGAUUUAAAAGGAUGCUGUAUUAUUGGCAUAUGGGAAAAGAUUUUGGAUUGCUAAACAAUAGAAUUAUUACUAAGUUGAUAGUUUAAUUUUAGAUAUUGAUAUAUAAGAUGAAAAGAUCUUGAUUCUAACAAAGAAUGAUGUAUAAAUUUAUUAUUAUGAUGGUUCUUUUUAUGACUUUAAUGUUGUCAUAAAUACAACAGUAUUAACGUCUUUGUUACCUUUAGCAAGUAAAUCAUUUGAAAUAAUUGAUGCAAAAUUAGCAAUUCUAAAUUAAGUAGUUGUUUUAGAUAAAUCAUUUGGUGUAAUCAUAUUGGAGAACAUAAAUUUAGAUAAAUUUAAAUUAGUUUAUCAUCAUAAUUAUUCUUAUUAUUCUUCAUAUUAUGCAAUGAGUUUGAUGUUUGAAGAUUUAAGUUAUUAAAUUGUAGUAACUACAAUUCAGAAUUCAAUCUUUGUGUUAUCACCAGAGGGAAUAGAUUAUUUUUAUUGGUUUAAUGGACUUAUCAAUUUUACUCAAUAUCGUAUAGCUGGUCUUAGAGUAAAUAGUGAAUAAAAAUACUUUACUUUAUAUAAUACUACAAAUAUUAGUAUAUAUUCAAUUUCAAAUAUGGUAAGAAUGUAUUCAAUAUAAUUUGAAACACCUAUUUUAUUAGAUUUCAAUUAUUAAUAAUCAAUAAUAUAUUUAGUAACUCAAAAUAUUCAAUAAAGUUAUUAUGUAUCUUCAGCAAUGUUAAUAAUGAAACCUUUCACUUAACCUUCAAAUGAAUUUUAAAGAUUAUAAGUGAUUGGUACAGAAGAAUCAUAAUGUGCUAUUACAUUUAAUUAUAUAAUAUAUGAUUAUUUAGAUAAUAAUUUAUAUUAAAAGACUAAUGUGAAGAAUUAGAUAAAACCAUUUGUCAAUUAUCCUACAUAUCCAUAGGUUUCUAUUUUCAAGGAAUUAGGAGUAACUGGAUCUAAUAUUAAUGCUAAAAUAUAUCUAAAUGAUUAAAGCAUAUCAUUAAAAUUAGGAUAUUUAGAGGAUAUGAAAAUUAAUGGUAUUAUAUGGCCUGAAAAUAUGUUAUAUAUAAGUAUGUUUUAUAGUGGUAUUUAUACUUAUUAUGUCAUUUAAUUGUAAACCUUGAAAGCUACUUUAUAUCAAUGUCGUGUAUCUAUAAUCAAUUAUGAAUUAUUCUGUUAAAAAGUUCAUGAUUUUAGUCCAAAUAGAGAAUUAGAUAAUGAUUCUUUUUAAUGGAUAGAGAAAGAAGUUGUAAUAUUUGGAUAUAUUUCUAAAUUCAGACAUACAAUUGAGAUAUUCUAAUUAAAAUAAUCAAUAGUUACUAAAUUAUUUAUGAUUUCAACAAGUUUGAAAGAUGAAAAUUCAUUAAUAAAUUCAUUUUGUAUGACUGAAUAAUAUAUAUAUGUUGUAUUAGAAAAAAAAGGAGAAAUAUAAAUAUAUUCAUUAUUUGAUUAAUAAUUAAUUUACAUAAUUACAUCAUAAGAUGUAUAACCUUAUGAAUUAAAACCUAAAUUUGUAAGAAUAGAUAAAAAAUAAAAUUUGAUAAUUAUAGCAAAUUAAGAAUCUUUGAUUGCAGGAUUUCUGUAUGAUAGAUUUAAUAUGGUAACUUACUUAUAUUUUCCAGAAUGUAGAUAAAUAGAGGUUAGUUUAGCAAGUUAUUCAUUCUUUGUAGCAUUACAUUUUGGUCAUCAAUAAGAACUUAGAGAAUAUAGUAUGAGAAGAAGAUCAGUAUCUUUUUUAAAGAAAAUUCCACUAUUUCAUUAUAUUCUUUAAACUCCAUUAUAAAUGAUGUCAUCCUUAGAAUAAAUAAUAGUUAGAGCCUAUACUCCAGUUCUAUAAUAAACAGUUUUAUUAGUUUAUUAACCAGAUGCAAAUUUAAGAGAAUCAUUAUUAACUCAUAUUCCUUUAGGUUGGUAUUUAAAGGAUUCUUUAAGAUUAGGAAUAACAAAAGUAUAUUAUUAUGGUUUAUUGAUACAUGCAAGUUCAAAAUUUGGAAUAAAGAAUUUAUUAAUUUAUAAGAAUUUUUAAGCAGUGAUAUCAUCAUAAUGGAAUGAUGAAUAUAUUCAUAAGAAAGAAAUAUUAAUUCAUUAUGAUUCAAUAGAUUCACCAGAAUAAAUAGAAUUUAGAUAGAAUGUAACUUUUUUGAAUUUAAUGACUAAUAUAGCUGCAUUAGUAAGUAAUGAAAGUUUAUUGGUCACUUAGGCAGCAAUGAAAAUAUCAAAUGGAUGGUUUAAAGGAUAAAUUAUAAAGUAUUAAGCAGAAUGUUAAUAAUGUUAAGAUUAAAUCAUGCUUACUUAAAAAAUUGAUUUAAUAUAGAGUCUUGAAUAUUUUUCUGCUUUAUUAGAUUAAUGUUAAUUAGAUGAUGAUUAUUUUGUAUUUUUGACAGCAAAUCAAUUAAUAUUUUUAGAUUCAAUGCAUUAUGUAAAACAUCCAACAUUCUAUUUCAGUUUAGAUAAUUAAUAUACAAUAAAUAAGAUAUGGUGUAAAAAUGAUACAAUAUUAAUAACAGGUUAGACUAAUACAUAUGCUGGUUUUGUUUAAAUGAUUAAAUAUUAAGAUAAAUAAUAUUAAUUAAUUGGAGAACCAUUUUAAAUUAAACUUAGUUAUUAAUUAUUAUAAUUAGAAUUGUUGGAUGAUGGUAAUUUUUUAAUUUUGGAUGGAUAUCAAAUAAUUGGUGGAUAUAUGUAUUAUACAUCUAGAAUUUGUGCUUACCAUUAUGAAUAUACACCACCAAAAUCUGUAUCAUAUACCUAUACACCUUGUGUAGAUUCAAGAAAACAUAGUGAAUUUUAUGCAUCUAGUUUCAUUACUUAUAAGAUUAAUAAUAAAUAUAGAGUAUUCUUGAGUGAUUUAUCAUAAGGAUUAUUUAUUUAAGAUUUCCAUUAUAUUGAUAGUUCAAUCAAAUGUAUUUCAGCAGAUGAUACAUUAUAUAGAGUGUCUUUAAGAUUACCUAUUGAAUAAAUGAUGGGAUUGAAUAUUGAUGAUGAAGUAAGAUAUCUUAAAGUGAUAAGAAAUGGAAAUCCAUAAAAUAAUUUUCAGAUAUUUAAAAUGAUUCUCUUAACAAAUUCAAUAGCUCAUUUAUCAUUAGUAUUGUAUUUCGAAGACAAUAUCUAUUAAAAAUUAUAUAUAGAUGAAAUGAUACAAAGAUAUUCUGAUUUCGAUGUAUAUUAUGAAGCUUCUUUAGAGAAAGAUUAUUUGGCCUUAGCUUAUUAAACUAAUUAUUAUACUAUUUGUAUUUAUAAAUUAGGUUAAAAAGAAUAACCUACAUUAAUGAUGGCAGGAGUAGAUAUAGCAAAGUCUUAUCCAAAUUAGUUUUUCUCUCUUCAUAGUGAUGAGAAUGGUUAAACUCUUUUACAAUUGAACAAAGAUAAUAAAAAAUUGAAUCUUUAUGUGGUUGAUGAAUUUGCUACUCUCUCUUUUCUUGGUAAUGCCACCGAAUAACCUAUUACUCUGACUGCUCUUAAUUAACUUACUUAAGCCUCUAUAAUUUUAAAUAUUCAUAUGAGUGCAAUCGUACCUACUAAUUUGUAAUUAUUUAAUUAUUUUAUAUUAGAUAUUGGAUAUUAUUGACUAUAUUAUUCUGUGUUUUAUUUUUGUUGGCUCUCUUAGCACUUAUAGUUUAUUAGAAGAAUAAAAGAUCUAGAAAUAAACUUUAAUCGUAAACUAAAAGGAAUAAAGGUGAUGCAUACUGUUUAUAUAAUUAAUAAUGA